AUGAAGUUGAAGGUGCCCGCCCCCCCCCGCGCCGCUGGCCCGGACAAGCCGCCUGAUGACCUCGAGGGCACGGGUGGGAGAGACGCGCCGUCCCCGUUGUCGGCCGGCGGCGACGACUCCCUGGGCUCGGACGGGGACUGUGCGGCCAACAGCCCGGCGGCGGACGGUGGCGCCCGGGAGCCUGCGCGAGGUGGGCUGGGCGCAGAGGAGGAGAACCUGGCAGCGGCUACGGACGGCACCGGAGGCCAGGAGGCCGGCGCGUCGGGUCCCGGAGAAGGCGCACGCGGCGAGGGUGGCCGCGGCAAGCCUUACACACGGCGACCCAAGCCUCCAUACUCAUACAUCGCACUCAUCGCCAUGGCCAUCCGCGACUCCGCCGGCGGGCGCCUGACGCUGGCGGAGAUCAACGAGUACCUCAUGGGCAAGUUUCCCUUCUUCCGCGGCAGCUACACGGGCUGGCGCAACUCGGUGCGACACAAUCUGUCGCUGAACGACUGCUUUGUCAAAGUGCUGCGCGACCCUUCACGGCCUUGGGGCAAGGACAACUACUGGAUGCUCAACCCCAACAGCGAAUACACCUUCGCCGACGGUGUCUUCCGCCGCCGGCGCAAGCGCCUGGGCCACAAGGCGACCACCCCCGCGGCCAUGCUGCGACCGGAGGAGGAUACGGUCCGACCUGCCGCGGCGCACGGAGGCGGUCCUCUUCACGUGUCGCCCCGGCCUCACCCGCGCUCGCCGGCCCGCCAAGAGGACAGCUCGAGCCCCGCGGGCAAGUUCUCCAGCUCCUUCGCCAUCGACAGCAUCCUCAGCAAGCCCUUCCGCAGCCGCCGGGAGCCAGGCACCGACGCCGAUGCGCGUCUGCUGUGGGGCUCCGGCUGCGUACCCCCGGUCCCACCCGCGCCCUGCCCCGCACCCGGCGUGGCUCCCUUGCCGCUCUACGCGUUCGAAGCGCGGGAGCCGGCGUUGCUGCUGGGAGCGCGGGCAGGAGAGCCAUCGCCUCUUCUGCUCGCCUCUUUCGCCUCCUUCGCCUGCAGGGAGCCCUUCCGAGGCCCGCUGGCUGGGGACGGCUCGCCUCCUUGCUGCCCCCUGCGGCCACCCGGUGCCCUGCAGGCGGCCCGGGCCUACGGACCUGGCGCCUAUAGGCCGGGCCCGGUGGAGACGCUCUUGGCCUGA